AUGCUUCAUAGCUACAUUAGUCAGCCAUUGAUAAUUAAGUCGAUUGCUUGUUCCCAUAGAGAACGUCUUUCUUUCUGUCUUUUUCACUUUUUCUUUUUUCUUUUUCUUUGUUUUUUUCUUUUUUUUCUCUUACUCACAUUCUUUUUUCCCUUUCUUCUUCUUCACUUUUUCAUUCUUUUUCAUUUUCUUCCUUUUUCUCUUUUUCUUUCUUUCUUUUUCAUUUUCUCUCUCUUUUUCAUUUUCUUUCUUUCUUUUUUCUCUUUCCUUUUGCUUUUCAUUUUCUCUUUCUUUUUCAUUUUCUUUCUUUCUUUUUCCUUUUCUCUUUCUUUCUUUUUCAUUUUCUCUUUCUUUUUUCAUUUUUACUUUCUUUUCUCUCUUUCUUUUUCCUCUUUCCUUCUUAUCUUUCUUUUUUCUCUUUUUCUUUCUCUUUUUUCUUCUCUUUUUCUGUAUCUGCUUGAUUUUGAUUUUUUUAAAAUUAAUUUUUUUUCUUUUCAUAGAUGUCGUCGAGAGCAUAUAAUAAUGGCAGAGGAAACAAAUCAAGCAGCUAACAAGCGUACUCUUUGGCGAACAGGUGUUGUCGGUCAUCCCGAUUACAGACCGCCAACCUCGCCGAAACCAACUUCAGAUGCCGGAAAGAAAACGCUAUUCCCCAAAGCGCCGAAUUCUCACCUCCCUACAUCGCCGGGAAUCCAGUUGCAGAGCUUUUCAAAACUACAGUUAUCAGACAGUGGGUCACCCGUCAAAGGUCGCAGCAUUUCUACCUCGGCCUAUCAUUCAAGCCAAGGUUCGUUAAAUCUAACACAAAGUGAAUCACAGAAAUACGUGCCGAACAACCGGGAAGAGAAGAGGAGGCCCGUCAUCGGAAGGCCACGCUCCUGCGCUGCCGAUAUUGACGUGUCUGUGGCGACCAAGCGGCGGGAUUUUGCUGAGAGUUCUUCGUGGAAGGAGCGCACAUUUGAUAAUGGUGCCGAGACCCGUCGGGAAGAUUCGGAGGAUGAAAAAGAACGAGAAAGGGAAGCGUCAUUAGAUUUAAUCCGCGAGUCAUUGAGCACUGCGUUCGAUCCGAACCGCAGACAGAUGUCGGAUGAUCAGGUCUUUGACGCGGGAAACGAAGAAGCGGUCCCCGGAGAAGUCAGUAACCAAACGUCGUUUGAAAGCGCAGAAUCAGUUCCCGCCGCUCAAAUUAGCGGCAAUGUCGCUGGCGCCGUAGCUGAAAGUGUAGUUGACACAGGCUCUGAUACAGGGCAGCCUGUUGUGAGACCUCGUAUCAGCAGAGGCACGUUUGGUGCCGUACGGGCUGUGUCAGCAGUUUACGACUCGUUACCUUCAAGCCCUCUUUUUAAUCCGGGCGAGACGUGGCGUUACCGAGACGCAUCCACCCAGUGCCAGGAAGAAGAGACAAUUGUUGUACCUAAUCGCGAAGGGGUUGAAAAGAAGUCGGAGCAGCGUCGUCGUAAGUACGGAAGGGCAUUUCGACAGAAACGAGCGGCUACAAUUGGCGCAAAUUAUAUUUACUUAAAACAUCUAUCUAUCUAUCUAUCUAUCUAUCUAUCUAUCUAUCUAUCUAUCUAUCUAACUAAUGAACUAUUUUCAUAUGUAUCUAUCUAUCUAUCUAUCUAUCUAUCUAUCUAUCUAUCUAUCUCUCUCUCUCUCUCUCUCUCUCUCUAUAUAUAUAUAUAUAUAUAUAUAUAUAUAUAUAUGUAUGUAUUUUAA